AUGACUGGGAUGCAGAUGCUAGUCAAGCUUCCUGUCUUGCUGAGACAGUGCGACAAGGAUCGGGGGUUUGAUACAGAGGGCUUUGUGUCCGGCUACAGAGGCACUCCUGUCGGAAGUUUGGACCUUCAGCUGAUGAGGAUGGAGAAGCUCAUGAAAGAAAUGAAGAUCACUUUCAUUCCUGGCAUCAACGAGGAGAUAGCAGCUUCCAGCGUUCAGGGCACACAGCAGGCAUGCGUACUGCAGGACAAGACCGUGGAUGGAGUGUUUGCAAUCUGGUACGCCAAAGGUCCAGGAAUUGACAGGAGCGGCGAUGCGAUCAAGCAUGCCAACUAUGCGGGAACGACGAAGAGAGGAGGAGUGUUAUGCCUGGCGGGAGAUGAUCCUGCGUGCAAGUCAUCGUCUCUAUCUCAUCAGAGCGACUUCAACUUCAGGGACAUGAACGUUCCCAUCCUUGCACCAGGAUCAGUUGCAGAGUUGCUGGAGUACGGGGUGUACGGCAUCCAACUAUCGCGCUUCAGCGGCUGCUGGGCAGCGAUGCGGGUUACGUCGUUAAUGGUUGACAGUGCAACCAACGUUAACUUUGACAAGCUUUGUUACGAGACGAGCGACCCUCCUCUCACCGACUUUGCGAUGCCGAAUGGGGGGCUUCAUCUUCGACUCCGCGACGACUGGAUCUCUCAGGACGUGAGGAUGUACAAGCAUAAGCUCAAGGCGGUCGAAGCCUUCGCUUAUCAUAACAAGUGGGACAAGGUGGUGUGGGGUGAUCGCAAGGGAGGCAAGCUGGGGAUUGUGACGGCAGGAACCAUUGCGUAUGACGUGAUCGAGGCGAUGCAAGCGAUGGGAAUCGACGAGCAGAAAGCUUGUGAGUUAGGAAUCUCAGUCUACAAGAUUGCUCUGGUUUGGCCCGUCGACUCUUUGUCCUUGUCGCACUUCGCUUCAUCCAAGUCAGCAGUGCUUGUGGUGGAAGAGAAGCGCUCCUUCCUGGAGUCGCAGCUCAAAGACAUCUUAUUCAACUCGCCGGUCCGACCGAAGGUGAUCGGCAAGCAAGAUCUUGAAGGAAAGAUCCUGCUGCCGGAGGAGGUCGACCUCUCCUUGCUGCACAUCUCCAACGCCAUUCGCCGAGCGCUGAGACUUCUGAGCGACGAGACAGUCGAAGUUCCUCCUUCGUUGCUGAUGCUCCCUCCUCAGCAGCAGCUCGCCAACGUGGGGAUGAAGAGAUCUCCCUACUACUGCUCGGGCUGCCCGCACAACUCCUCGACGGUGCUUCCAGGAGGCAGCUUCGCUCUCGGGGGGAUAGGAUGCCACACGCUUGCGAUGUUCAUGGAUCGCAUCAAGUUUUUCUCUCCCAUGGGAGGAGAAGGUGCAAACUGGAUAGGAAUGAGUCCCUAUCUCAAGAGCAAGCAUGUGUUUGUGAAUGUCGGCGACGGAUCUUUCAUUCACUCCACCUCGAUGGCGGUGAGAGCAUGUGUAGCAGCUGGCGUCAACGUCACCUUCAAGGUUCUGCACAACGGGACAGUCGCGAUGACGGGGGGUCAGCCCAACGACACGGGGGUGAGAGCAGAUCCGGAGGUGAUGGGGGAGCAGCUGCUGGCGGAGGGAGUCAAGCAAGUGACCAUCAUCGCCGACAAGCCGCGGGAGCACAAACGCUCCUCUCUUCGCGUCCUCCCCCGCCAGGAGCUCAUGGCCGAGCAGCUCCGCCUCAGUCAGGUGGAGGGAGUGACCGCCAUCAUCUUCGACCAGGAGUGCGCGACGGAGAGGAGGAGGCGGCGGGUGAGGAAGCAGGAGGAGAUGAAGCGACGGAUGUUCAUCCAUGAGGAAGUCUGCGAGGGUUGCGGCGACUGCGGCGUGCAGAGCAACUGUGUGGGCCUGGCGCCCAAGGAGACGAUGCUGGGAAGGAAGAGGAUGAUCGACCAGUCCAACUGCAACGCUGACUACUCGUGCAACAAGGGGUUCUGCCCGUCCUUCGUUGCGGUCGCAGGAGGAAAGCCGAGGAAUCUAGAGGAUCGAGCCUUGAGGAGGCUGAAGCUCUCGGACUUCCCUGUGCCGGAGCCGUGCUCGUCCUCUACUUCUCUUGCCCCCGGGCAAGUGCACAGCAUCCUCCUCUUCGGCGUCGGAGGCUGCGGCAUCAUCACAGCUGGAGCCAUCAUCGGCCGUGCUGCACAUGCAGCUGGACUUCGCGUCAAUGUUUUGCAUCAGGUGGGUCUGUCACAGAAGAAUGGUUCCGUGAACUCUAUGAUCAAAGUUGCUCGUCCAGAUGAACAUGCUUCAGAGUUCUCCCUCCUCUCAGUUCGAGCUGGGACCCGAGCAGUCGAUGCUGUCAUCGCGCUUGACCUCAUCUCCGCCUCCUACCCCGCCAGUCUCGCCAGCAUUGGACCUUCCACACGCGUCCUGUGCAAUACGCAUGCGAUCAUGCCAGGAAGCUUCACCAGAGAUCGGGAUCUUUCUUUCCCGACUGAGGACAUGCUGCUUGGCAUUACGCAGCGAGCAGGAGAGAGCAACGUCACGAGCUCUGAGAUGUACGCCCUCUGUGAAGACCUCAUCGGCGAUGGGGGUAAGGUCAACGUUUUCUCGCUUGGGUUCGCCUACCAGAAAGGCAUGCUUCCGCUCCCCCGCCACAGACUCCUCGAGGGCAUCCGGGAGACGGGAGUCGCCGUGGACCUCAACCUGGCGGCGUUCGAGUGGGGACGAGUGGCUGCAGCAGAGAGCAAGAAGCUGGAGGAGGCGCUCUACGGGGAGAGCGGGAGGGAGGAGGUGGUAGAGGACAGGCAGGACCCGGAGAAGGUGAGAAGAGACAGGAAGCAGCGACUGCGAUCAUAUCAGGACGAGGCUCUGGCGACCAAGUACGAACAGGUGAAGGAGGAGGAGAAGAAUCCAGUGGAUGAGAACGAGAAACAGGCGGUGGAGGCGAUGGAGGAGGCAGAGGGACGAGCGUCAAGCAGAGUGAAGAGUCUGACGCUGGCGGUAGCCACCAACUACUACAAGCUGCUGGCAUAUAAAGACGAGAUCGAAGUAGCGAGACUGCUGAGCGACGGGAGGCUGCAGGAAGAGAUCGACAAGCGGCUAGAAGGAGCGAGAGGAACGAGAGGCUCUCGAGUCGUGACGCUGCAGCAGGCCCCUACUCCAUGA